AUGAAUACAAGACUAAGAGGAAGCCCCAUUGUUCAAACUGCAACUCCAAAAGAUACACCAAAGGCAAAUAAAAAGGAUUUCUUCUUAAUGUAUUCAAAAUAUGAUCCGAUUCCAUUUGAUUGGAAUCAUCUAAAUAGAAAUAGUUCUCAACAGCUAAUACAAAUGUGCUAUUGCUUAAAAUUACAAAUCCCUUCAAAGAAUCCACUCAAAAACGAACUAAUAGAUAUUAUUAAAAAGCACUUAUACCCUCCGAAAUCUACUGCCCCCAUUAUUAAGCCUGCUGUUGGUGCUGCUGCUGCCGCGGCUGCUGCACAAGCCGCUGCCAAUGCAGCACAAGCUGAAAAAGAAAAGGAACAAGAAGAAAAACAACGUCUGAAAAUUGAAAUGUCAAAAACACUACCGCCAUUCUUCGGAAGAGUUAGAUUGAAUUCCGUACAAUAUCCUGUUACCGAAGAAACAAAGAAACAACUUCGUCCUAAAGUCGAAGCCGAUAAUAUCGAAGAAAAUAAUUUAUUAUUCCAACCAUUUGAUAAAAUUCCUUCUACAGCUAUCAAAGUACAGCGUGGAGGCACUUCGAUGUUUGCAGAAGAAAAUGACGAUGAAACAAGAGUUCCUUACUCAGAUACUUCAAUUGAAAAGUUUAUCAUAGAUAAGAUUAGAAAGAUACUGAUUCCUAAGAAAGGAUCGAAAGAGGCUUCCUUAGGCAAAAAAACUUAUGGCCAAAUAUUUAAUUUUAUUUAUAUUUGGCUGAAUAUAGCCAUUAUGGUAUUUAUUGUUUUCUAUAUUAUGUUUUGGUACUAG